AUGCCCCCCAGCCAUCGCAAAGCCACGACAAUCAGAGCUUCCGGACCCGUAGCCAACAUGGCUGUUGCGCAGUCUGCAAAGGCCAAGAUGGCCUCCAAGACUGGCAAUGCCAAAAACGCUACUACCAAAGGCGACACCUGCACUGGCGCUGCCAACAACAGUGCAAAGUCAAAGUCACAGAUGCACCGUCGUUCAAGGACAGGCUGCUACACUUGCAGAUUACGACGGAAGAAGUGCGAUGAGGGGAACCCUAUGUGCACCGCUUGCAAGCAUCUCGGUCUCCAAUGCGAGUACAAGCGACCGAUCUGGUGGAGUAACAACGAUGCCCGCCGCCAGCACAAGGAGGACAUCAAGAACAUCAUCAAGCGCAAGAAGCUCUCAGAGAAGUCGGCGCACUCCAUCUCAUCCUCCAUGAGCUCUCCUCCUGGCCUGUCACAUUCACUGCCCACCUCGGCUUCGGGCACAGACCCGUUGGAUCGAAACCGCUCGGCUUCCAUUGACUCCCACUUCUCCAACGGCUUCAACUUCAACACCCCUCCGUCCGUAGGGCACUAUGGCGCCUACAACGCGCAAUUACCGCCCGAGUUCAUCUUUGCCCAGGGCCAGUUCUCCCCUUACGAGAUUGACGUCAAGACAGAAAGGCAGAUGUUUGUCGACAAUGUGCCCACCAUGAAGGAGUCGCACGUCUCCACAUUCAGCACGUUCCAGACACCACCGCCACCAGGCACAGCUCUGCAGUGUGACCCUCUUGAGAGCGGCUGGAUUGAGCACACCCGCCAUGAGCGGAAAGAGUCGCUGUCAGAGGAGGCUCUCAAUGUCAACUUCUUUGACUUUGCCCAUAACACCUCCACUGAUGCCAAGAUUGAACUCGAGGAGAACGACCAGCGCCUGUUCGACCACUUCAUCCAGUCUGUUCUUCCCACCUUGUUCCCUAUCCUCGAGUCGAACCAGCAUGGCUCGGUCGGCUCCGAUUUGGUUCUCCCGGCCUUGCAAUCCAACAAGGUCUACCUUCACUGCUGCCUGAGCAUUGCCGCCCAGCACCUCAAAGGCCAAGUCAACGCCGUGAGCGAGGAGAUUGACGAGGAUAUUAUGCGCCAUCGCUACGCCACCAUCUGGUCGCUCUGCGAGGCCCUCAAGCGCGACGAGAACCACCAACAGAUCCUGGAAGCCACACUGGCACUCAUCUUCUUCCAGUGCGUCGUGGGCCGAUCGGACGAUGGUCUGCUCGACAUCCCCUGGCACCAGCACUUCCAAGCGGCCAUCAACCUGGUCCAAAAGCUUGGCCUUACACAGAUCAUCUCGGAUCCUGUGCAACAGAUGGCCCAGACACCUUUCAAUAUGACCCUCACCGCUUGGAUUGACAUUUUGGGAGCGUCCAUGCAGGGCGUUUCGCCCACCUUUGCGCACGCCUACCGCGAAAAGCACCUAUCGCAAGUCAACCACCACCUGGGUUUGCGUGAGCUCAUGGGAUGCGAGGACCGCGUCAUGUACCUCAUCUCGGAGAUUGCCUGCCUCGAGUCUCUCAAGUCGGCGGGCAUGUUGAGCGACCUCUCCCUCUGCCAGCACGUCUCGUGCCUUGGCGAGCAAAUCAGCCUCACUGAGAUGGGCAUCGAGGUUCUCAAGCUGCCCUUCAACGCCAACGGCAGCCUCUCGCCCAAGCAGCUGUCCAAGAACAUGACUACGGCCUUCCGCACCGCGGCGCGCAUCUACCUGUGCAGCCUCGUGCCUGGCUUCAGCCCCCAUCAGCACUCGCCCAUGAACCUUGUCGAGAAGCUGACCGAGGUGCUCGAGACCAUCCCCUCGGGCCCCAACGGCUACGACCGAAGCAUGACCUGGGUCUACCUCAUGGGCGGCUCCAUCAGCCUGCCCAACAGCAGCUUCCGCGCCUUCUUUGAGGACCGCGUCAGUCAGCUCGGUGAUGCGGCCACCUGCGGCUCAUUCGGUCGCAUGAGCGCCGUGCUUCGCGAGACGUGGUUGCAAAACGACAUCACGUCCAUGGCGAGCACGCCUGGUUCCACUGCCUCGGAUGGUCACUCAUCGCACGUCCACUGGCGAGACGUCAUGCGCUCCAAGGGCUGGGAUUUCCUCAUGAUCUAA